UUGCAGCCGCUCUUCUAGGGGCACCGGGUGAGGUGGGCCGCCGUCUGCCACCCUCUCCCAGGUACCAGGAGGAGGUGGCUGACUCCGCCACUAGGGCCUCCCCAAGCCAUGCCCAGCUGGGGCCCACGCCAGCCACACCUUCCCAGCUGCGCUGCCCACCGCCAGACAGGUGAUGCUGACACUGCUGGUCCCGGUACCACACUUGGAGAAACACGGUACUAGGGCAAGCAGGAAGAGAGUCCUCCUCCUGGAACUGAAGCAGGCAGUGUGAAGACACAUGUGGAGCUCCUUAACCCGCAGCCUCUCUGACCAUCCGGUUGGCAAAGACCCGCAGGCCAUGAGGACUGGCCAAAGACAGUGAGAGGACGUGAAGGGUAAACCCCUGAGCCCCGCAGUAUUAUUUCCUGCCCUGACGUCCCUGACCAUCAGCCCAAGGGUUAACCGUAAGCGGAUGCCUGUAUGGCUGCCUUACUGAUGCCACGCAGGAACAAAGGGAUGAGGACUCGACUGGGAUGCCUGUCUCACAAGUCAGAUUCGUGUAGUGAUUUCACAGCUAUUCUUCCCGACAAACCCAACCGCGCUCUCAAGAGACUAUCCACAGAAGAAGCUACAAGGUGGGCAGAUUCCUUUGAUGUACUGCUCUCUCAUAAGUAUGGGGUGGCUGCGUUCCGCGCCUUCCUGAAGACGGAGUUCAGUGAGGAGAACUUGGAGUUCUGGCUGGCAUGUGAGGAGUUCAAGAAGACCAGGUCCACUGCAAAGCUGGUCUCCAAGGCCCAUAGGAUCUUUGAAGAGUUUGUGGAUGUGCAGGCCCCGCGGGAGGUAAACAUCGACUUCCAGACCCGAGAAGCCACGAGAAAGAACAUGCAGGAGCCAUCCCUGACUUGCUUCGACCAAGCCCAGGGAAAAGUACACAGCCUCAUGGAGAAAGACUCUUAUCCCCGGUUCCUGAGGUCCAAAAUGUACUUAGAUUUGCUGUCCCAAAGCCAGAGGAGGCUCAGUUAGACCUCAGAUGGGGACUCUUGGAAAUCACUGGCUUCACCCCACCCUUGCUGCCAAGACCAUAUUCUAAUAUGAAGUGUCAUAGGUGUUCAAAAGUGGUGGCAUUUGGGGCAGGAGGCUGGAGGAGCAAGGGAACAAAGGGCCAUUCCAAAGUGUGACCCAGCUGCUGGAGCCUGGACUCUGUUCCAUUUACCCACAUUUGUGUUUUGGUUAGUGGUAGCAUCUUGCCGCUGUCUCCUUUCUCUGGGUCAGCAACUUGCCCUUCAUAAUGCCUCGGGUCAUCUUCGCUGAGAAGGCAGAUUCACUGUGCUAGGCUAAUCUGUAAAUAAUGCCAUGCAAGUCCCACCACCUCCACACCCUCCUCAGUUAGGAGUCCCACCUCUCUGCUUGUUCUGUCCUGGGGAGGAAUAGCUAGAACACUUGGGCUCACAUCUGUGGUUUUCUGUCACCAUGUAGUGGUCAGCCCUGCGUGCUGGGACCUCAUAGCUUAGGAGAGAGGUCUCUGUGGAAUCCCAGGUUUCUAGCACCAUCAUUGAUAAGUGACCUCUGGGAAAAGGGCAAACUCCACGGAGGUGUCUAUUUCUUCCAUUUCCCUUGGACCAUUGUUAAAAACUG